CAUGGCGAAACCCUCUGAAACAUUGUCAUAAUUUUAAAGAAUUUUAUAUGUCAUACACGGGGUGAAGAGAAAUAAAUCACGAUAAAGAUAAAUUCAUAUUAAGGUAAGAUCGAGAUCUAUUCGUCUUUACUCUUCUCAAUUCUUAUUCAGUCAGGUGCAACGGAGCGUCAAUUAUUCCAAACUUAUCUGGUGGAAAAAAUUGGUUUAAGUUUAUUUUGGCAAGUGUUUUAUAUGUUUUGCUCACGGUAGUUAUGAGUGUGUAUUCAGUUAAUCUAAUUGACACAACGCCGGUGAAAUAUUUAGGAAAUCGUGUAUUGCCAGACGUAAAAAAUUAUCGGAAUUGAUGACAGUCGAAUUGGUAGGAAUGGACACAGUAGGAUACAUUGUGCUUAAGUAGUCUGAUAUACAACGGUAUGGAGAAACGUGGUUCAAGCAUUGGAUUGGUAGCUAAAGAUUUUAAAUAACAACACAAUUACAGUCAUACCUUUUCUUCGAAAUUGAUGGAUUUCUUCGACUAACUGUUUGCAUUUUGGGGGUAUUCUGUUUCUUCGAAGAAAAUCUGUCCAACUCCGCAGUCAUGGGUAGUACAAAUGGACGAUGUCUCAAGAUCAUAGAGUUGCUUUUGUGUUUAAGUUGUAUGUGUUCCGCUGGACAAGACAAGAUGCAGGUAAGUAAACUGGCUGGCAAACCUUUAUGAGUACCUUUACAAAGUGAGGUUUAUACUGUGACAGUAUAACGUUCACAGCGAUUUUAACUUUGUCUUCCCAUAAUUUUUCAUGAAACAAUUUGAUAAAUGGGUGGAAGACUAAGUAAGCUACCAUGAAUGAAACUACACGCUUACUGUAGUAUUUGAUCCAGUAGUUAAACAGAUUGACAAUAGACCACGCCACGUCUGUUGUAUGGUUCAUUGCUUAUGAACAAUGUUUCGUGUGAAAUAGCAUUUCACGCGGUUAAGUGUCGUUUCGUAUUUGAAGCAGCUGGUACAAAAGAUCUUUCACCUUUUGCUGUUAUGGCUGUAAGGUCGUAAAAUUUAUUAACAAAAUAAGCUAAUUUAAUUAAAAAAAUUAUCCGCUUGUAAUGCUAACAGUACACUGGAGAGUGAAGCGGGGCAAAUUUCAAAGGGUUCGAAAUGCUAACUGUAGGAAACAACGAUUAAUUGGUGAGACUAUCCUGGGACGGUUCUAACUGAUGGUCAGAGAUGGACUUUAACUCUGUAAAUUUCACUGAUUCGCGGCCACUUCUCCAACAGAGAUAGCUUCUCUCUUUUUCUUUUUGCCAAAGUCAUUUUUUUAAAUGAACUGAAGUGAAGUUAAGGUAGUCUUGAACAGGUGCUGGUAACGAGUUACCGUGCAGCUCAUUUUGGUUUCUUCACCGAUAGUUCUAUUGCAUACAAACUUAAAAGUAUGACAACCUCGUUUUUCACAGUUAAUAAUAGGGCAAAAACAAAGCAGCAUCCAGAACUUGAUAAUUACCGAGAUUUUCGAGAGACAGGGUUUUCCCCCCGCCCCCUUCACCUGCCGCGGAUUGGUAUCCAAUAACUGAAAAAAACUGAGACAACCGAUCGAGGAAGUAGCCAAGGAAAAAAAACCAAUAUUUAAAGGUGUAUAUUAGUUUGUUACAUUGUCGCCGAAGGUAAGAAUUUUUUUACUAGCUAUGGCUGAAAACGAGUGAAAACGCUUUAGCGACAUUGUCUACAUUCCGCUCCAGUGGAACACACAAUGAGCGCUUUCUAUUCGACCUAAACUACCGAAAAUUUGGAGACGGUGGCGAAUAGUACGGAAAUUUCCCGGGAACAAAGUUGAAUAGGAACACAACUUUCAGGAAGAAAUAUUUUAAAAACUGGGUUUAUCAAGCGAGGUUGGCUUUUUUUUAUUUAGAAAUUUUGGAAAAUGCUGUUCCAUUCGCUGCUGAAAGUUGUCGAAAAUUCAAACUGGAAGUUUUGGUUGAAUGGAAAACGCCCAAUGAAACACAGUAGAUGCUUGGGCGGACAAUUUCAUACAAAUCACUGUACACGUAUUUUACCACCCUAACUUAUUAUUCUGUAUCUUUGUUGGAAAUAGUUUAUCAAUGUUUGUUUGUUUGUUUUUUUCCCUAGGACCAUCAUAGCAAUAUCCAUAGGCAUAUGACAGUGAGGGAUCUUUCUAGGUUGUUUGGAGUAGAAUCUCAUGGCGAUGGUAAUUAUUUCAUCUUCCACCUCUUUAUAUAAACCCCAUUGACGUAUAAAAAGUAAGUUAAGGUACAUUAGUGACGAUUUCCAAUCUGUUUAGUGAUGUGAGUUGCACAACAGUGCUCCAGGGCUUCCAGUUCUGUUGACAAUAAAUUAGAGUCUGGGUCGACACUGCUUACACAGAACUGUACUCCCUCAACGCCAUAACCGUGAAUUCCCGAUAAAACUCGGACAUGUCUCACACUUUGGACAUGCGGUGUUGUUCAAGUACAACAAAGUCUUUUUUAAUUAGGGAAUUACUGCACAAGUAUUCCUAGAAAGUCUUUCGGACUCAUCUGUCAUGGUCUAUGCUGUGUCUUCUUGCCAAGUUCGUAUAUCAGCUAUCUUUCAUUACUUCUCAAUAAUUCAUAAUUAUGAAGCGAAAUUUACGAAGUUUCUUACUUUGAUAAUUUUAGAAAAAAGAACGAAACAUUUUUUGAUUAUGCUGUAGAUGUUCUCAGCCAAAGAUUUUCCUUAUGGAAAAAUAAGGUAUUUUUAAUUUUCUUUUUCCAAAUUCACAUUAUUGUGAAAGCAAGGGUUCUUGGUUUGUAAAACUUACAGGAAUCGUUAAAUUUGAGAAUGAAUAAGAAAACGAAAAAAGUUGUGUACUUAUUAACGACAUCAUCAUGUACAUUGUUCUAUUACUCGUCGUGUACGCAUCAACCUGACUAGCCCAAGAUUUAAGAGUUUUCACAAGUUAUAAUUUCUGCUGCAAAUAAUUUCAAAUUAACUGCAAGUGUCUUUUGUGUUUAGUUCCCGAAUACAAUGUAGUACAUCCCAUUCAAGUCGACGAGAAUGGCGCUUUCAUCUCACAUGAACUCACAUUUCCAAGAAUACGCAUGCGUCGAUCAUCUAACGAGCCAGAGAAUGAAGACGUUCAUUAUAGAGUAUCCGCGUUUGGAAAUGAUCUGCACCUUCAUUUGGAAAGAAACAAGAGACUAUUGGCCCCUAAUUUUAAGGUGGAAGUCAUAGGAAAACAUGGAAGGGUAAUGAAAAGACAUUCAAUGGAAAACUGUCAUUAUGUUGGGAAACUGAAAGAAAGAUCAAGAACAACAGUGGCGAUAAGCAAUUGUCAAGGACUGGUGAGUUCUUUUCACUAAAGAGAAAAUGUAUGGGACAGAGAGGGAAAAGUGCAGUCAAGUCCUUGGUUUGUGAAUUUCACAAAGGUUAUUUUUUUACUAAUAAAACGCUUGAAAUUUAUCGGAAGUUGGUUUCGGAGAGGUCUGCAAACUUUUAUUUAGUGAGUGUUUUCAUGAGAGAAUUCAACUGUGGCCAUUACAAUAUUCUGCAUUGUUUGCUUUGAGGCCGUAGUGCGUGGAAUUGAUGACGUUUCGAAUAAUCGAACAAAAUGUGCGGAAGUCCCAGGAAUUAGGCCUCCAUUUAAUUCCAGCCUCUAAAAAUAGAUUUAGUGAAAUUCACUAAAUCCCGUUCAACGCUCUAAAAUUCAAUCUCUGUGUUAGUAUUCUCUCUUGGUUCACUCAAACGGUCUUGCUCAUGCACAAGUUGAAGGCCGAACAAAAUGUUCUUAGUUCUCGGUAUGAAAUUACAAUUUUUAGUCUCAAGUUAAUCAGUGGUUCUUGAAGUGAUUUAACGACCGCCAGUGCCUGAAUUAAGAAUUGUUACAGCCUUGCCGCGUGAAAUCAUCGAGUUAAACUAACUUGUACAAUGCUUUCUAAAAAGAAUGAUUAGACUGUACUUUCCAUCCGUUUGUUCUUUUUAUCAAAGCCGCAUGUUUGCAUUACCUGUCGCCACACCUGAAAAAACUAUUGCCAAAAGAAGACGUUUUGUGCAAUAUUGCAUAACAUUUAAAACAGAAUUUAUAAAAAUAGCUUCUGGCAAUGACGUUUAGAGGCGCACUCAACAUCUCAAAGCUUAAUACUCGGAAAACCAGAGUAAAAUCGGUGAAUAUGUGGAAAAAGAAGUAUAAAUAAUAUUUCAUGCAAAUGUUUCAUUAGCUGACUUUAAGUCUAAAAAGACCAUCAUCACCAAGUAGUUUUUUAAAGUUACUAUGAAAUUACUAUGACAUUAGGGCUGAACACAGUUCGCCAAACUGCUAUUUCACUCACCAAUUAUUUUCCUGCUCGUCAUGACGACCAAAACAGUUGCGGCGUUUACUGCUGGCUGCUCAACGUAAACCUAAAUCAAUGCGCUACUCCCCUUAGAAUUUAAGGCCAAGGUCAAUGUACACUGAAUCCACUGCCAUAAAAUCGGAAUAAAAUGAAACAGAAAUACGUGCACUGUGUUCUCUGUCGCUACAAUUAGGAUAUCUUUUACAUCAAUAUUAAUAGGUCAUCUCCGAGUCACCCAAAGCCUCUGUUUCAAAGCGAGGCUAAGUGCGAAGCCAUUGAAGUCAACUCAUUUUUUAUAAAAAAGGGUUUUGCUCUUAACCUUGUUUUGAAAAUGAGAGUUUUUGGAACUCGGAAAUGGCCUAUUAGAUAGCCGAAUUUAUAUACACCUGAGUGUUCCCAAAUGUUUUCGAUUCCUGUUAGUACAGAGUAUAAAUAUAUGAUUCUGAUUUCCCUUGUGGUUUGAAGUAGCAAACUGUUUAAGAGUGACUUACCGGUUGUAAUGAAAUUUUUCUUGAUAUUAAUAAUAAUAAUAAUAAUAAUAAUAAUAAUAAUAAUAAUAAUAAUAAUAAUAACAAUAAUAAUAAUGAUAAUAAUAGUUAACAGUACUACUACUGCUUCUUAAUUUUUGCCCAACGCCAGCAAAUCUUCACGCUAGCAAAUAUUCACGUAGGUGUCCUAAUUUUACUGUAUAGAGUGGACUUAUCCAUACAGAGGAAGAAGCAUAUUUUAUCGAGCCACUUCCAGUUCAUCUGCAUAACAAAGUAACUAAAAUUGGUAGAAGUAGACCUCAUGUCAUCUAUAGACGAUCUACUACUUUGGAUGAUAGGCAAAAACUUCAUACUGCUAGAGAUAAAAGACAAGUACAUACUUGCGGCACCGAAGGUAAAUAUGUCUGUUUUAAUUUUACUCUGGUUUUGCGACAAAGUAGUAGAUAACACAAACUUGGCGCACUAUUAACCUAGUGCCGCUAACUAGUCUCUCUAGUCUCUGUGUUUGGAAAAAUGUAGAAAUGAGCAUAGUUUUGUUAAUUUUUUGGUUUAUCUAAUAUGUAUUUUUUGUUGUUUUAUUUCGUGGUGUUUACAUUUACCAAAAGGCACACGUCAGAUUAAAAUUCAGGUCGAGAUUUUCUCAGAAAACAAGACAAUAAAAACUAGGUUGAGUUUGAUGGUCAGGGUGAAUGUAGUCCUGCAUAGGACUGUUGUUGUUGACAGUGACUGACGUUUCGACAACCUGUACUGUGCGGUAGUCAUCUUCAGAGUCAAAGCGAGCUGGCGUGAAACUACACAUUUUUCUGUAGAAGUAUGAACAGUAAGCGACAAGAAAAGGGAAAAGAUGGUCACGUGGUACAAAUUCACGCUUGCCGUUUGCCGUAAACAGGACUUAAAUCUCUCUAUUAUGAUAGAUAUACCGUCUGAAAAAAAAAAUCUUUAUUAAUCACUUGUUUAGAUGAUCCUAAUAUUCGCGUCUCACGUUCGCUGAACGAAACACAGCCACUAAAACGACAAGGACCAGCGGGACCAGGAGCGGAGAAGUACAUAGAAACUCUGGUUGUAGUUGAUCCAAAAAUGGCCAAUUUUCACGGUGAAGACGCCGCGAAACAGUACGCCCUAUCCGCCUGCAACAUAGUAAGUUAACAACAAAUAAAAUUGACAAAAAUAAUGUAUUGAGUUUAUUUGGUUUUUUAAUAGACUUGUUCGUUUUAGAUCAACUGUUUGCUCCUGGUUGGAUUGGUUUGGUUGUUCGUGUUCUAUUCGCCACUUGCACAUCUUCCAUAAUGCACCUUAUUUGCCCCCCUAAAUUUUGCAUAACCUUUGUUUUUCAUUUCUCCUGGGUAGUACAUCCGUUCCAAGAGAAAUUGAAAACAAUGCUUAUGCAAAAUUUUGGAGGGAUAACAAAGGGCCGGAUUACGGCAUUUUUGAAAAAGGCUUAUUGGGAAAAAACGUUUUUGAUUGUUUUCAGUGUUGAUCAACUCUUUCAAAUUUCCUCUUAUCUCAAUUUUUCAUCUGCCAAUUUUAUUUUGCGAAGGUCAUGAUCAUUCACAAAUUAAACUGUAAUGCAAGUGUCAGCUGUCUUCUCAGUUUCCAAAUUAAACAGUUCUGCCACUGACAUAUUCCUCCUCAUCGUCCGAUUAUUCAUGGAUUUCAAACACCUCUUAAUACGGUUCUUGAAGACGAACCGUAGCGACCAUUCUUCUUGUGCUAUUCUGAAAAGGCCUUGGCAAAGACGUUUAGGAAAACUAGGAAUGACUAGUGACAUAUUCACAACCAAUGUUCAACCAAAAGAGUGUUAUUCCGGUUUUGGUUGAAACGUCUGAGAACGACCCAGACUCUCUCAGAAUUCCAUCCUACACCCCAUUUCAUCUUCUACUUCUGCCUUCCUUUGUUUCCUGCUUGACUAACUUGACAUUUCAUGCAAUAUUUCUUAGGCCUCGAACCUCCUACGAGAUGCAAGUAUUGGAGAGAGUCCUGUAAAUUUUGUAGUCAGUAGAAUGCAGAUACUAACAACUCCACAGGUGUGUUGGUACCAAUGGCUUAUAAUAAAUGUUCAGUCAAUAGUAUUGUUCACGGUAUUGUUGGUACCCUAGCAACUAGGGUAAUGACGAGGUGGGUCUAGCCUGUGACUAAAACGAGUAAACCAGAUCACGUAAAAUUAUAAAAAACUUGAAAAGUCGCCCAAUGAAAGAUGGGAAAGACUCGAGCAGUUCUGCCUCCCCUCCCAACACUGAUUGGUCAUUCAGAAAGCAUCAAUUAGCAUUUGUAAUUUGUAACUUCGCGCUGCUUUCUUUAGAAUUUUGCCUUUUUAACUCAUAAAAAUAAUGUUUGUUUAUGUUAGGUCUCUUGAUGCCAAAUGACAUUGGUUGCGCUAAUAAAUAUAUUAUGAUUCAUUUUACUUUGCAUUAUUUUAGUCUGGACUGGUUAUCAACCACCACGCAAGCAAUACACUGGAGAGUUUUGGCAGAUGGGCGGAGCGAAACAAUAAUCCUUUGGACAACGAUGAGAACCACUAUGACUAUGCCACUUUGUUUACGAGGUAAGGUUGUAUUUAGAACUUUUAGUACGUUCACUCACAUUAGGAUGUAAAGAAUUAGCUUUAGUGUGCUUUUAUUUUCGAUCAUGAUCUUCUUUGAAUGCUGCUUCUGUUAUUUACAGAUACAAUAUUUGUAAGGACAAGAAUCAACCCUGUGAGACCUUAGGUACGCAUUACGAUAAUGUAAAUUGUUUUACCACACCGCAUGCGCAUGAGUAGUGGAUAACUGCUAGUUAUGCAUUUAGUCGAUAACUAUUAUCAGUAGAUACACACUCAGUGAUCUUGGUGAUUUAAGCAAUCUGAUUGGUUCGCUAUCUCUGACUAUUCAACAAUAUUCACCUCCUAGCGAGUGGAUAAUGUGGGAGCUCGGUGUUUUUCCCAUUUUUUUUAGAGAACGAUCUUUUAAAAGUCGACAAAUCCUAGGGCUGACUUUUUUUAAGACAAGAAAAGACUUGGAAGGAUUCAAUACGGCGUGUUUCAAUUUGCUGUAGCUGAGUUUUGUGCUCGAUUUAUUGUUUACAACUCCCGUGUAUUCGCGUACAGAAAGCCGUUUCGUGAACUCAGCGUUUUCUAACAAGAAAAUUUUGGCUCAAAAAUCGAAGUUUAUUCAUGACAUACAAAUUUAAAACAAGUAAACAGGAAAAAGAAUGUUACAAGAAGACGACGUCUUACCUCGAGCAACCGAGCCGCCAUUUUUGUCAGCACUUCAUGCGAAGAACGACACAGCAAACCCUUUUGGCUAUAAACUUGGCGAGUCAACAGAAAACAACAAAGUUCUACUUAUCUUCUCAGGUAAGGAAACAGUUCAAACUUUUAUCGGUUCCAUUUAAGCCAUUAGGCUGUUGUUUGCGAAAUAAUAAACUUGUGAAUUGCCAUGUUUGAAAAUUCUGCAAAGAACUAUUUUUAUACUUACGCGUGGUUUGAUCUGUCAAUCAAAUCGUACUUUUUAAUGGUUUCCUCUCUGAUUUUGUUGAGAUCACUUCGUGUGUAUAUACUAAAAAAAUUAUUCUUUUCAAUCUCGUUGAAUAGUGGCUUUGGGAAUAUUUACUUUGCCGCUAAGCAAAUAUUUACCCACUAUUCACCUCAAUUUCAAAGAAUAAUUGUUAAAUAGCAACUGAUAGUUGGUGCAUUAUCAAGAAGCUGAAGAAGCAUAGAGCUCAUAAUAUAAAUGACCUAAACGCUGUCACAAUUUUAAAAUUACUGACUGGAGGCACUAUUCAAGUUUAUUUUUGUUCAUUUUUGAUCAGCAAAAGCAGAUUUUUUACCCAAGAGGCACAAGGAUAACCAGUACGCAUAUGCAUGGUCGAGAGGCCAAAAACCUAUUGCUGUGCUGUAUGAGCUUUUGGCAGCCUAUAGCUGGGACCAGCAUUAUUUGCUGCUUCAUAAUUAUUUCUAGUAUACUACAGUGUGGUUAAAGAAGAUCCACGAAUCCUUCAGUGAUGGCACUUUAAAUUUCUGAUGUGGGGGCGUUUUGGUGUAUCUAGACUUUCGGACCCAUCGGCCUGUAUUCGCCAGCGAUUAUUCAGUAAUCACUGCAAAUGCGUCAAAAAAUAGCGAUGCGUUGUAAUGAUACUGACAUAUUUAUGUGAACAACAGGCCUUACCAGAACUAGAGGGAUGUGCAGCUUCCCUAACUCAGCAAGCAUUGGCCAAGACAACGGCCUGAUGCUUGGAAUGACAUUAGCCCAUGUGUCUGGGCACAGGUAACUUUGAUUUAUGCUAUUUUUAUACGCCACGUACACUACUUGACCACUGACAUUUCGUAGAAGAUCAUUAUGAAUCAAAUGUCUACUCGAGCCAUUCCCUUUAUAGCGAUUUCGCGGCUUUUUGUGCGAGCGCCGCAGAAACCCAGUGUUAUUUCAUUUUAAACCAGAAAUUCUUACCACUUUUAACCAAUCAGCAAAUUGACACACUUCUAAUCCAAAUGUUAAAAAAACUUACUUUGUAUCUAAAUUUCAGUCUUGGAAUGAACCACGACAAAGGGGAAUGUCCUGACGGCGUGAAUAUCAUGGCGUCCUACCCAGCAGGAAAGAGGUCAGCUUUUCAAUGGUCACCAUGCAGUAAGAACUACCUGCAACAGUUUCUCAAGUAAGUGUGCCUAACCAUUAAUGAGGAUAUACUUAUAUGAAUAUAUAAUUAACAACCUGCGGCGGUUAGUCAUCUUGAAUCAGAAUAUUUCCUUUUACUUUUGUCACGAAAUCUUGCAAAUUGUUGCUUUUGAUUCCCUUUUCGACCAAUAACAAUGCCCGUUUCUAACGCAAUUUUCCUUUUUGUUCGUUAUUUCUUCCUUUCAUCCUCCUUUUUUCAAAGAUAGAACCACUCCCCCCCCCCUUUAUCUUGCAGAGGGUCUUUUAAACAACGCUACUCUGGUAAUCAUCUGCUAUCUCUGGCGUUUUUUUUUAUUUCACUCAAGAUCUGGUCUAAGCGCUCUUUGAUAUUUCAUCAAACCAAAAAAAGUUCUUCAAUUGAACAAACUUGGAAAAAGAGAAAAUUCGUGUGAAAAAAAAACAUGAAAUGAAAUAAAUUCCCGUUACGUUUUUAAGUUGGAUUGUAUCAUUCCAUACUGGUGACGUAUGUUUCACUACCCUGACCUAGUGCUUCAUUUCUCGGGGAAAGUCUCGCGAACGUAUUUCUCUGAACUUUACCUGAAAACUUUUUUUUGUGUCGUUCUUCUGUUCCAAAAAGACCAGAAAAACGUUUUGGGGGUAGGAAACUGUUGGUAGCGUCUGUUUUAUCAGGCUAUCAAUAUGUUUUCUUCUUUUUCUCCUUAAUUGUCAUUUACCAAAUUUCCGACCACAGCUCAGAUGAUUCCAGCUGCUUAGAUGAUAAUCCAACUAAAAAGAGCGUAAUAGAGACCAGGACACUGGACAGACCAGGCAGGCUUUACGACGCGGAUGAACAAUGCCAGCUUUCUUACGGACAGACCUCCAAGUUCUGUGGAGGAGGAAAAUUCUUGGAUGUAAGUUUUGCCAUUUAACGUUUCCAACAUUCUUCGCUAAAGGCAGAUUAAUGUUGAUAUAAACCUGGCCUUCAUUACCAGAUAAUGGUAGGAGGGUCAUUUUUUUGUUCAAAGUUAAUGCCUCAUUAGCUCUUUAUUAAGAGAAACAUUAAAUAUUAAGGUGAACAGGCCACUUCUUUUAAAUUCAUCCUUCAGUUCUAAGUUUAAGGUUUGGACAAUCGGUGUAACUACUAAUUGUAAAUUGCAUUAAUAAAGUACUUACGUUCACAUGUAAUACCGAGGACAAGAGUCUCAGUCAUGCCUAAGUAGCUGUCAUUACUUAUCGCUUGGUCAACUAAUUGUAUAACGAAAAUGAAAUUGCAGCAAAUUUGCGUGAAGCUAUGGUGUGAAGUACCUGGCGGAAGUGGAAACUGCAAGACUGCUGAGAUGCCAGCUGCGGAUGGCACACCUUGUGGGAAUGGCAAGGUAUUGUUUGUUCUUAUUUUCAGAGACCCCUUUACUAAUAGCAAUGAAAUGCGACAAGUAUUCACUUGUAAAUACAUUUAUGAUUUUAAUGGAGGAAGGACAAGCUCAAUAUAUUCGCUGCGUUUCUAAAAAAUGAUUUGUUGAUAGUUCUUUUGGAAAAUGUCUCAAGCUGGGAAUAAAAUUCCUUUGUUAGCGAAAACAUUAUAUGCGCAAAUUGUGGUGACAUAAUUUUAAUCAGUGUUAACGUACUGAGUUUACAUCAAAGUUAAUAGUUUUCUACCUUAAAUUGAGGUUCUUUUAGACCCUUUCUAUUCAGUUUUUUAUAUAUUAAGAAAUAACAUUUUUAUUAUUUAUAAUUGAUUGUAUUAUACCACUUUAUUUAAGAUCAAAAGCAUUUUAAAAGGCACUUCUCGCCCUACGCCUGUUAAUAUUGUGAAUUGUAUUGACAAAAUGAGGAAUCAAAACCAUUUUUAUACCUUUGCAGUGGUGCAGGCGUGGCCAGUGCAUCCAGGUGGGUACUGAAGGAGCUGACACUGUCGACGGAGGGUGGUCAGUUUGGUCCACUAAGUACUCCGACUGCAGCAGAACUUGUGGUGGAGGGGUGAAAUACAGAGAAAGAAGAUGCAACUCACCUCGGUAAAUAAGGAACACGCUUCGGUUCGUUACAAUGGUGGAAAGAAACGUUUUGGCGUCUAGACACACCAUGAGGGCACCCUUAAACGUCGACAAACUAUGAAAGAUUAUCCGUAGAGACCCAUAGCGCAGCUAACUAAUUUUCAAACUUAGAGCAAAGCAGAUCGGAAAGCUAUAUAUGGUUAAUUUUUUUGCCCAAUUUUAUACCUAGCACAAUGCAUCGACGCUGGGGGAGAUAGUUGUUUAGUAUUAUUAUUUUUACCAAAUCCUUCACCUUAUCAUGUCCUCUUUGUGCCUCUUGGCACAUAAGGCAUCCAAAAAGUGUUUCCAAUUUUGUCGGUUAGCUACUCCGGCUCUCACUUCGUCCCAUAAUUGCCAUCCUGCCUCGUUUCUUUCUUUUCCAACCGCAUCCCUCAAAUCUUACCAAGUCAGUUGGAUAAGCAUUCUUUGCAAAAAAAGUGACUUAGUAAGAGCCAAUUCAAAAAAGAAAUUAUUUCCUUCCUACAGUGAACCAGUAAGGACAGGCAAAAUUCCGUCACUUUUUAAGUAUUUGUUAGUGCAGCUGCUUUACUUAUCGUUAAAAUGUCCUCUCCCGAAACUAUGGCGAAACGGAAUGCUAUGCUGACUUCCGUUCUAAAAACAGAGAAUAGCCAUGGUGAAUAGCCCGCUUUAGAACUGUACCCUGCUUCUGGCUAGGCAGAAAAUAGUUUAUGAUAAAUCAAGAGAUUCAAACUUUGUCCGUGAAUAUUCCUUCAAUAUAUUCCGUCUCCGAUGAUGAUCAAAGAUUCCUUCGAGAAAAAACCGAUAACUCUUAAACAGUGAAGGGUUUCUAGUAGAUGAUAGAAAAGUAUACACAAGGGUUAAAAUUUGCAAAAUACACAACAACAAAUUUUGAUGGAGAAUUGAGACUUUUUUCUAAUAGGUUUUGUCAAAACUCUAUUUUUAUCCGUAAAAGUACAAUGAAGACAAUUGUCAUCCACAAAGAAAGAAAACCAUACUUUUAUACUUGAUUAAAAAAGGUUUUUUGUUUGCAAUUGCUAGCCCCAAGAAUGGCGGAAAAAGAUGCGAAGGAGAAGAGAGGGAAUACAAGCUUUGCAACACUGACGUAAGUCGUUUAGGGCAAUACAUUUCGAAAUUAACUUUCGAGUUAUUGUCUCUCUCUGUCACCAUAAAGUACCAUAGACACCUCUAUUUGGUCAUUUUAAUUUUGCGGAGGUUAGGGGUUCGGGACGAUGGGCAAAUGCAGUUGUUAGUCAUAUCCUUGUAUUCAACUCUUCUUUUUAGGCUUGCCCAGCCGAUUCGAUGGAAUUCAGAAACUUCCAGUGUCAAGUCAAGAAUUCUCAGCUGUUCAACGAUCAGUAUUACGACUGGGAAUGGAAACCCUCAACUUUAAGUAAGUUCUGCAGAUUCGUGCACUUCUGUAUAGGGAAGACUCCCGUUCUAAUUGGUCGUAAGCACCGGCAACUUCUGUCGCUGAUGACAACAAGGUUAAUAAGUCUCUACAUCGGUUAUUGCCAGUCACUGAAUUGACGACACCUCUGAUAACUUUUCCGAUCUAGUUUGUCUUGCAAAUGAUCGUUAAACUGUUGGAAAGUCUCCUUCCUCCUUACUAUACUCAGCUACUUAAUGUUCCUGUCAGUCUGUGUACAGUAGAUGCAGCCCUUUUAGAAAAACUUUGCGUGGCCCUGAACUUUAAACGAAACGCAACCUAAAACGUACCAAAUUCGCGACAUGUCGUUUUCCUGCCAAAGAAGAAAAAGGAGAGAGUCAUAACUUCACUAGUCUUGGUAAAACAGAGGUGUUUAGUUUAUUAACAAAUUUGUUGUUGUUGUUGUUUUUUUUUUUUCCUUUUUAGAGAGAAAGUGUGUCUUGGGAUGUUUUAUCAAAGGAACGGGGUUAGGCUUUGCAUUUGGAAAUGUUGUCGAUGGAACGGAUUGUGAAAAGACCUCUCCUGACAAGUGUAUCGAAGGACAGUGCACAGUAAGUCAGUUUAUUUUUCAUAUACACAUUGCGACAUUGUAAGACAUCCCAGGGAAAUCAAUCCCAUUAAUUAAUUAGCAAAAAAGAACAUAAGUGAAAAACAAUCUGCUUGUCUUUUACUUUAUUUCAAGCUGCCUGGCAGUUUGAUUUGGCAAUUUCUGCGAAAUAUUCCAACUAGCGAAUAAUUUGAUUAGCACAUUUCUGCGGUUCCACUUAGCACUUCUACACCCUCCGGAAACAUACUCACUGAUUCUUUUUAAUUUGUACAGAAAGUUGGGUGUGAUGGCAUCAUUGGCUCUAAAGCAGUGGUCGACAGGUGUGGGGUGUGCAACGGAGAUGGUAGCACAUGCUUACCAGGCUCAAGAGAUAGUGUAACAACAAACACCUCUAGUACCAAGAAAGCAUUUACUCCUGGGGCAGCAAACCUCAUCACAAGCGCCUUAGACUGGCUGAAGCGCAUGGGAUAUGACGUGGACAGAAGAGGACAAAUUGCUGCUCCUGAAAGUACCACUAAAGACGCUCAGAAGGAUGACUUUUACUGGGCUGUAGUUAAAACUGGUUGCAGUGUGUCCUGCGGUGGAGGUGAUUUUAUCUGGAGAUAUGGGCUCUUUCAAUUUUCCAGAACUGUCCAGCCAGACUAUUCCCGUCGUAAUGAGAAUUGCGCUUUUAACAAAAAAUAUCCGGCCAGAUCGGUAAAAUACUAAACAGCAUGCUCUUCAGCAAUGGCUCUUGGAAAAAUCCAAUUUCAUUUUCAAAAUGACUGGUCUGGCCGUGAUACCGCCAGCCAGUCCUGAUUUAUGGAAAACGCCCCAAAUUGUUUUUUAAAGUGGUCUAUUUUUCAUCCCUGUGGAGUUUUGGAUAAUUCGAUGCAAGUUUGAAUAGUUUACAUUUAAAAAGGACACUUCAACGAAGCAUUAAAUGACCUAGUGAAUUGUCUAGUUCAUCGCAAGAUCCUCCGAAUCCCAAAGGCAAAACCACCCAACUGGUGUUCUGGGUGGCAUGCUUUCGAACUUGCGUCGGGUAAUCAAUGACUUUAUUCCUUUUUACCAGUUUAGCAUGGUGAAUUUCCAGUGGUACAUUUUUCUUGUCAAUUAAGUAACUGCAAGAAAAAAAAUAAGGAAAUUAAAGCAAACACAUCGUCCUCUAGAUAUCAGCUUAGAAAUAGUCAUUCAAGCUCGUCCGAUUGUGGCGGCCAAUAUACAACCGAGUUUCAUACAACUUCGUUGCCUUAUUUUAUUGAUAUUGUUUUCAUACUAGGUUCAGAGGACUCGUUUGCUGAAUGUCGGAGAUCAGAUGAUGGUUCUCCAGUGAACGAGGAGAAGUGUGAUGCUGGUCUCAGGCCACCACGUGCGACAGCGCACUGUAACUUUCAACCAUGUCCACCUGUGUAAGUAACAUAAAAAGACCUAAUAGAUUGGUUUUACUAUAGGCAUAUUCAGAAUGCAGGCAAAGACGUUCUUUGAGAGUAUUAUCAAGGUGAAUGAUAAACAUGUGCAGUUAACAUGUUGUUCAUCAUCUUACUCAAAGGGUUGAUAUUGUGCUGUCUACUAAAUAGGUCUACUUUAUGGAUUGCAUAAUGGAUUUCUCUAACACGUCUCUAACUCGAAAGCGAUUUAUCCAGUGGAAGGCACAACUCGAAUUUCGAAAACCCAGACGAGGCUUAUCUACAUUUUUGUUAAUGAAAGUAUUUGUUCCCUGCACCAACGUUCCCCUGAAUUAAACGGUGUCUGUUACACAAAAGAAAAUUGGCAACUAAGAGACUAUAUGUCCACCGUUGCGUCAACUUAAUUUAUUAAUUUAAAUUCUGUAGUUGGAAGCCCGAAGGCUGGGAGGACUGUUCCCAAACCUGCAAUGGCGGAAACAGGACACGCGAAGUAAAGUGUAUGCAAGUCGCUGCUGAUGGGAUAGAGUAUGAUGUUGACUCCAGACUCUGUUCAGAUCCUAAACCAUCCAUGGUAGAGGCAUGCAACAACGUACCAUGUCCAGCAGAAUGGGUAGCACAACCAUUUGGACAGGUAAAAAUUCGCACUGAAUGCCAACAAAGACUGUAUUAUGUUUUAAUUGGAUUCUUAUUAUGUGAUAGCUUAGCUGCAGAAUCGCUGUGAUGUAUAUCAGGAUAAGUGCUAUAACAUGACCGCGUCUGCGCCGUGUACGCCAGACCAAAACCUGCAAAUGAAUGGACUAAAUGUUAUUUUUAUUGGAGUUAUUUCAGAGCAUUUUUUGUAAAUUAGUCUUCAUGCAAAAAGAGAUUGUAAGGCAUUUCAAAGUAAAGCUUCAUUUUUAACCUUAUGUCAUAUUAAUUUGGGCAGUGCUCAACAAAAUGCGGUCGUGGACUUCAGAAAAGAACUGUGAAAUGUAUGAAGGCGGACCACCGUGGAAAUCUAAUGGACAUGGAAGACAGCCAGUGCGAUGUAACGUUUAAACCUCCCUCGCAAGAAUUCUGUAAUGUUCACAACCCAUGUCCUGGUGAUGGUGAGUUUUGCGAUUUGAUUAAGAUUUCACCCUUUUUUGGAAGUGAAAAAAGGCGAAAGAAGAUAUAUAUCCGCCGCCUGGUUAACUCAAGUGGUUGAGUACCAGACUGUAAAGUGCUUGGGUGGCUUCGAUUCUCAGAUGAACGGACGCCGAGAGUCCUUAAAACAGUUGAGGAGAGCUACUGCCGAGUUUGCUCUGACAUUUUGUUGAUCCGACUUUUUUAGAACUCAAUAGAAUCAAUUAGGACGUAACACACCCCUAUCUUUGACAACGCUCAGAGUCUUUCCCAAAUUCUCAUUGGAUUGCAUUCCUAAGUUGAUAAUUACUUCGUAAUAUUUGUAAACUGAGCCCCAAGAAAUUGUUGUAAAUUGUGUUAACUCCCUGAAAACUUCAAGGAAAAAGAUACAUUUACAUUUUCAAAGCAUACUAGAAAUAUCACAUGGAUAUUCUUUUGUUAUUAUAAUACUCAACAUUCAAAGGGCUCGAAAAAGGAACGUAAAAGAAAGGAAUCAGAACGCCAAAUUGUCUAUCAGAAUAUCUUAAAAUCAUCCACCACGUUAAGCACAUCUGGAUCAUUACAAUGAUUACUGGUAAGAAUAACUCUAUUCCAGACUAUCGUUAUUUUUCGCCCCAUGCAAGGGAAUCCAAGACAGUCUUUGAUUCUGGAUUCCGGAUUUCAGUUACUAGAUUCCAGAACUUUGUCAGUGGAACUUGGAUUCCGGAUUCCAAUCUCUAACGGGAUUCCAGAUUCCCAGAGUUGUAUUCCGGAUUCUAAAGCCCAGGGAAAAAUUGCCAGGAUUCCGAAUUCCACAAGCAAAACUUCUCCGAAUUCCGGAAUCCAGAUUUCCUUACGUUAUCUUAGUGUUAUCGUGUUGUGCACUAUCCAGUCACUUUUAUCACGCCAUCUAGAUCUAGAUCUAGAGCUCUAUGCCACAACGGGUUUCCUGAGUAAUUAUAUCAUUAUAUCUCCUCAGACAACUGCGGCGGGAACUUUACAACAGAUGUAGGAACAUUUUCGUCUCCAAACUACCCGGCAGAUUAUCCUGACAACAAGGAGUGUGUUACAGUUAUUAACGUUAAUCCAAACAAGGUCGUUAAGCUUAAAUUUCACAGGUAAAGGUUGUAUUCAUUUGCUGGUUGUUACGUUUUGGACUAGUUGGCCCUUUUUGACUGACUGAAGAUGACAUGUCGUCCUUAUUCUAUGUUGCAUUCCUUUCGCCGGUUCAGAUGAAAUUCACGAAUUGCCCUCAUUUUGCUCCCAAUGUAUGGGUCUUCAUAGCUCAGUUGGUAGAGCACCGCGUGUAGCACUCAUUCCUUUUGUUGAUUCUUUGCAAUUUCUUCAAAUGUGAACACAACUGCGAUGGUUAAAUCUUCAAAUCUGUAUUUAGAUUAUAUUCAUUUGUUUAGGUAAGUACUCCAGAAUGGGUUGUAUGAUUAAAGAUACAUGUGUGACUUUUGCUACUAAAUCAGAAUUGUUUUCCUCUUCUAAACGUAUUGGACCCGGCGCGACUUUCAACUUUAGUAGUAACAGUGUUUUCAGAACACGCAUUCCUCACCCUAACAGCUAGCGUCUUUGUCAUAACCUUUUUCAGAACGAACACAUUUCAUUCGUUCAUCUUUACAUUGAGCGAGAUCAAUGCAAUAAUAUUUUUAAUUACAUAUAUGUACACUUACAUUAAAAUAUGUUGCCGUUAACAUAAGUGGCGCAAAAAAAAACAAGCUGAUGAGUUUAGGUAAGUGUUGAAGAAACAGUGUUAGUCUUUAGUGGUCUUCCCACUGAAAUGAUGAUGAACGUGCCGGGAAGGGUUUGCGGUUUUCCAACCUUUUCUGUCAAUAAUUGUAGUGUUACUUUGUUUCCAGUAUGCAAAUUAUGUCUCCAGAAGAUACUUCAAAUGCUGAGAAGUGUAAAGGUGACUUUUUAAAAGUGAUGGACGGUGACUGUUCUUCGUUCAGAGCAGAAACCAAAUACUGUGGGAAACAGGAACCUGCUCCAUUCUUCUCCACUGGGAACAAACUCUGCGUCAAGUUUUAUUCGGACGAAUCUCAAACGGCGCAAGGAUUCAGUGCAUCAUACGAGGCUGUAGACAGACCAACCAACCCGGGAGGUAGGAGAUGGGUAGCAAUAUAUAGUGUAUUGCAUUUUUUAUAGUCUUGUAUUAUUCCAGUGUCAUUUUCCUGAGUGAGAGCAACAGUUAACUACCCAGCAAAAGAUAAGUAACAUACUAAUCAACAAGGAGCAAUUGCGAGCCUUCAAGAGAUGCGAAAGCUACUCCUAAACUUUGUAUCGGAAUGGGAACAUCUAGUUUAUACCUCUGCAUGAGUUGCAUGGGCAGUCGUAAACUUAAGAGUCCGUACUCGAAUCUGAGCUAACUUGUUAGGGAGCCAGUUAUAAAUAGCCGGUCACUUUAUGUUAAACAAAAGGGUUAGUGCAAUCUGUUACCAUUUCAAUGUCUGCCUUGUUUUGGUGUUAUUGUAAUUGACUUUCGUUGCAGAUCAAUGUGGUGCUGUUCUGACGUCGCCGGUUGGAUUAAUCACGUCACCAAACUACCCGGAGCCCUAUCCAAGGAACGAAGAGUGUAAUACAACCAUCAGGGUUGCCAAAGGUCCAAUCAAUGUAGCGUUCCAGGCGUUUGAUGUAGGAAGUACAACGUAAGCCUAUUUGCUUGUAUGUUACCAUAAUCAUCACUCAGGCCUAGGCCAGACGUCGAACUUUUCAUAAGACGAACCAAACUUAGUGAGUUCGACGUCUGGUUCAGGUAAGUUCGUCUGAUUGAGUUUAGAUCGUCCAACACGUUCUUUCCGUCUGUUCAAGACGGAUACAACGUCUGAAGAUCGUCUCCCGGAACUAAAUUAAUAACUGAAAAAUUUGUAUGUCAUACAAAUUAUAUGUAUUUAGCCUCGUUCAGGAGAAAAUUUAUUAAAACUGCUUUUUGGUCUGAUUUAGUUAAUUGGUUCGACGGGGGUUCGACGCCUCCUAAGUUCGAAGUCUGACACAACAGACCAUCGUAACUUAAUUUAGGUCGACUCCAAAUUAGAGUUUGGUUCGUGUCAUGAAAAGUUCGACGUUUGACCUUGGCUUUAGAGUUCAAUCAUAAUCGAUAACAGACUUGCCGUGCCAGUAACAAAGUAGCGUGAAGCCAAACCCCUUGUUACGCCAGAUGCACUUCUCCCUUUUACCCAAGUUAUAGCCCCUCUUGUUACCCCAGCUACUUCUACCCGUUCUCACAUUAGAUUAACUUCCCCUUUGUCACCCAAGACACCUUCCCAAUUUUAGAGGGUAAAAUUGAACCACAAUAAAUAUGUUGUGGUUUAUCCAUUGUUCUUUGGUAUGAUAACGUAGAUCUAAUAAUGCGAUUGUAAGAAAAUAAGAUGUAAUUCAUACCAUGGCUAAAUUUGAACCACGGCAAUGCAAGCCAUUCUUCGCAUGGUGAAUGCACAAAUUCUUCCAGAUUAAAGGUUGAAUGUUCUGCCUAACUUUAUCUUUCAAGUGAAAGUUUUGUUCCUUUCAUUUGCACAGUUGCGAGGAUGAUUAUUUAGUUAUGGACGAGCCAAUCCAAGGAAAAUCCAAAAAGUUUUGCGGAAACCAGAUCCCUAACUCGUUCAACGUUUCCUCGAAUGAGUUGAAGAUUUCUUUCAAGUCGAAAGAACGCAUGGGAAGACCCAAACCAGGAUUUGUUGCGACCUACACAUCUGGCACUACUCCAGGUACUUCAUUAUGCCACGAAAUUUAUAACAAAAUAUUUGAAAUGCAUGAAUGGGAGCAAUAUCUUCCACAGAAAAUAAAUAUGUCAAUAUAUAAUAAAUGUACUAAAUAAUUUACCUGUUUCCCUCAACGUGCUUAGCUAAGUGGCUAGAGCACCCAGUCCUAUUAAGGUUGUCCGAGGUCAUGGGUUCGAACUCCGAAAUGCGUUGUUUGUUUGUUUUGUUUUGUUUUGGUUUGUGAUAUGGUGACUCUGAAUCUUUCUCUUAAUUCACAUCUUUGAACACCCGCAGAUGAGAUAAGAAAGACGGCUGGAAAUGCUGGAAUUAAAACUUUCACUUCUAAGCUAGACCAAGGACUUAUGACGGAUGCUGUUGCAAGAGGUGAGACAAUAUACGUCUAAAAUCCGUUUAAUAAGCUGUCACUCUCUUUAUGUGCUCUUUGUGUAUGAAGUAAAUUCAAAAUCAAUCCGGGCGUUGUUCAUAAAUACAUAUCAAAAUUGUACUUUCAGCAAAUAUUCCAACGCCCUCUAGUACUGGACUUCCUGCUGAAAUGGGUAUAGAUUUCUUACCUGUGUCAAAACAAGACAGCAAAGAAGGUGAGGGUUGACAUUUAUCACAUGUACAUUUUACUACUAUUAUUACAGUCUGCAUUACCAGCUAAUCUUGGGGGAAAUGCUAUCCUAACCAGCUCCAAAUUGCCAUGAGUGCUGCUUCAGUGCAUUGUAGGCUUCUGAUCCCGAUUCGAAAUUCAAGCGUGAUUUUUUAAGGGGUAUUGAAAUUUCCCAUAAAACUAACAACAACAACAACAAAUUUUAGUGAAAGUCAAUCAGUAUAAAUAAUUACAUAAUUUUACCAGCCACAAAUAGCCUGGGAACUAAUCGAGGAGAAGGCAGGAAAGACAUAUUUACAUCACACGGUUCUAGUGGAUGGACUAAACAACAAUAAACACACUACAAUGCACUAAGUAGAAUAAAUUAACUAACAUAAAACAGUGUUUAACAAAUGAAGGAGCCUAGACUGUGCUAUGUUCUGUUGUAAAGCUCGCAGGAAACGGCUAGAGCACGAAAAACGUGUAGGGGGGAACAGGAAACGUAGUCGACUGUUUCUCCUCACUUCUUGAGUUAAAUUCCCUUCGCAUUACUUUCUUAAAUUUCCGAAACAAACUUUCUUUUCAGGCGAACGAUAGUGUCACCCUCAUUAUCCACACUUAAAUUAGCCAAUCGCAAUGUUUUUUAGAACAUGUUAGAAUGGGCCAAAUGAUUUGAGUGGUUGAAUAAGACAAAAGCUGUCAAAACUGUCAAAGCAUCAAAGCUUUUACAUCGUAAAACGAGCGAAAGGUUUUGUGAAUUUAAAUCCAGAAGAAAUGUCCUUUUUGCGUCCAAAAGGCAGUUUCUAAAGGUAAAAAGUGAUUUUAAAUCCGGACAGUUUUUCGGCCAAAAACUAAACCUGAAAAGUAAAAAUUUUAUGAAAUUUGCCUACGUCAUCGCAGAAGAGAUGCUGUAGUCGCGCGAUCGAGCUAAUGUUAGGAAUGAACAAACUCAAAACAAUAGACAGUUAUUUCUUGAAAACUUUUAUUCAAAAACUAAGUAGUUAAUCCUUAAAAGCAAGUAAAAUCAGUUGCGCUCAAGGCAAAAUUCAACAUAAAAUCCAUCUCAAACCGGGUGCUUUUUGUAAAUUUUCUUUACUGCCGAUCACAAAAUUUAUAAAACUUUUCUGAAACAUUGUUACAUACAUAAAUUCUCUUUUAAAAACGUACUUUUGUUGACCAUAGAGUAAAAAAUGUACCUGAAAAGUCUGCAAAAAAUGGGGUGCCUUGAUUGAAUUCAUAGCUUGCAACCACGUGACAAGGCGGCCAUGUUUGGCGUCAAUACAAUAGAAUUUUUCUCGGAAGAAUUUACGUGAAAAUAGAUUUUAGUUCCCAGUGGAGAGAAAUGCUUUUGUUCUUGACCACCAAUAUGGCCGCCGUGACGUCACGUGCAAACCAGCAAUUUCACUGAACAGGACAUUUGAAUUGCUCUCCGCCGUGAAGAAAACAUCGUUGAAUUCCUCGAAGAACGAUUUCGUAGCCAAAAGCUUUCUAUAGUCCACAAAAAGAAAACUGAGCAUUAAUUUGAACUUCCCCUUUCCAUUUGCGUCUUUUAACGGUGUGUUUUUCACCCUGAAAUCGGCGAAACUUUGGUCUUGAAAACCACCGCAUGGAUUGAUUCACAGUUGGCGUGACAACUUCAGCUCCACGUCUUAUACUCUUAUGAAGCAUACUUUUUCAACCAAUCAGAGUGUGCGUUAUACCUGACUUUAUCAUGAAAGUAAAUAACGAUUACGAAGAGAGACUAAUAUAAUGUGUAAAACAACUGAGGCAUAAUAUACAACAGGUAGCACAAAAGGACGAAACAUAUAAACGGAAACCAGGUAAACCAAUAAAACAUUCGAUUUAUGAGAAACAACGGAAAACUUACGAAGCACAUUCACGUACACGUCUUGGUCAGCUCACGUGACUCCAUUAGCUUGUAACUGUAUAGCUGUGAGGGUAUUCUUCUAUCAAAUGACAGGGUUAAAUGAAAUUUACACAAUAUUUAUUUAUUUUUUAACACCAUUUGUAUCUCAAUCUGUAGUUUCAAAAGAGGAAGGGGAGAAUAUAGAUGCUGGUGUUGACGAGAACAAAGGUAAAAAUAAUUUUUACACUAUAAACAUCAUUUAUGUAAUGUUUACUGUCACUAUUAACAUUGGAACGUUUCUUCGUCCAUUUUCUGGAAAGCCAAUAACUCUAAAUUACCUUAAUUUACGGCGAUGCCCAAGAAACUAGUCGAUAAUCAGUAUAAAAAAUAACUUGCGACGAAAUUUUGAUACCUAUGGUUAUACUUUAAGAGGCUGAUUAUAUUAGUAAACCUAUAUCGGAAUUGUGUUUUAACGUUACUGAAAUAUUUUCCUUUACUUUUUUUAAAUGUUAUUUAUUUAUCAAUUUCCUUUUUGAUAUGUUUUAAGUUUACGUCUUUGCAGUUUAAAAGUAUUAUUUUCUGGAUGAUAGAACACUGAAAUUUAUUUUUCACUCAACGUGUAACCCCCUGGUAUAACUGCUAAUUACCGUUUGUCGUGGGAUUACAGUUUAACUCCGUGGAAGAAAAGUUGCACAUUAAAGGAGCUGUGUCAAAAGAAUGCACGGAUGGAUAAACGUGGGAUGGGAUUUUCGGUUUUGCUCUUUUACUUGCGCCAUUUUUCGCGCGGUCUUUGACUCUUGUUCCUCGUUCUUUGCUCCUAAACCGCACAGAAACGCUUGCUACGCAGACUAAACGUGCUGAGACAAACGGAUGGCGAUUGUGAUUUUGAAAAGUUGUUAGCCUAACAGUUUUUCAAAGUUCAUUUUUGGUGUUUGUGACCUGUUUGCAACGUUUUAUAUAAUGCUUCGGAGACGUAUUUGUUUGACAUCAAGCUGUGGUUUUGUCAUUCACCGGUAGUUUUUCAAGUUUCAUAGCUAAUAAGGAAGCGUAACUGGCGCAAUAAACAAAAUGAACUCCCCAGUCUUUAAGUAGUUGUAAUAUUCUUAUAAUCCUACUUUGGACACGGCUUAGAAAAAAAAAUAAUAACCAACAAAUUUUAAAUCUAUCUUUGGGUAGUUGUUUAAAAAAAUCAUAAAUAUUCCAGAUAACGAACACAUCGAUGAUGAUGAUGAUGUGAUAACUAGGCCUACAAGCGGCCUACAGAGUGGUAAGUAGAAUAAAUAACUUUUCAAGAUUGUCUUGGCUUGUUGUCUCUCACGUUUUUACAAUUUUUAUUUAACUUUGGUUGACUAAAAGAAAAAUAAGUAAGCACUUAAACACUCAAAUCAGUAAGCUGAUGUAAAGUUGGACUGAUACAAUCAACUUUAUGUUGCAAAAAUCAAAUUGAAGAUUUCUUAGACAAUCUUGAAAUAAAAGAAAUACUUUUCCUUUUGAGAAACAGCGAAACAACUUUGCCAAAGAAUUUACAGGAAAAAUAUUCAAAGAAGUAUUGAACUGUUAUCAGAUUCUUUAGAAAAAACGGUAUUUCCGGCUCUUAUCCUUAAUAGCCCUUAAUCAACUCAAUGGCGACUCUGAUGAAAGUGGGAGUGGCGAGGACUCGCUAAGUAGCAAAAACAACACCGACAACUCAACAAUAACAGGAGAAAACAAAAAUCUUCCUCAAGAUAGAGGAGAACAGAACGAGACAAAAGGUAAGACGCAUUUUAAUGUUAGUAAAAUUUACUCACAUAACCUUUAAAAAUUUAUGGUGAUGGUGAUGACGACGACUGUGGUGUUGGCGGUGGCAGCAGUGGUGGGGGUCAUAAUAAUGAAGAUUAUGAUGAUGACUUACGACAACAUAAACAUUAUUUUACUUUACAAUAGGCUACAUCUGUUUUUGGUACUCUAAACAGAAAUUUGCACUUUUUACUUAUUUUUAGGUAAUCAAAAUGAUAAUAUUGCGAAACAAACCAUCCCCCAGACUGGUCAAGGUAAGUAACUUAGCUACGAAUGAUAUGCAGUCCGAAAAACAUAUUCAAAAUUAACGGCUCUACUGCGACACACAACGUUAAUUUUAUUUUCCAAAUUAAUUUUCUAGCUUGUUGCUUGCUAAAAACCUGACUACUCUUAUUUUCAGAAAGCAGCCAAAAUGAGACAUUGUCGGACAUUCCUAAUGAGUCUCAGAUGAAUGGUAGGUAUAAUCAUUAUUAGAGCAAUAAGAAAAUUAUCACCUGACAGGUCCUCUGUUCAUCUGACUAUAGCUAAUGGCAUAGCGUAGCUUAUAUCUUGAGGAGAAAACGUCAAACAUUUUAAAUAAAACAUCAAAUGUCUCUAUAAAUAUUUCUAUCAAAGCCGAUUGCAACUUUCUCAUUGUGUACUAUUGCAACUGUAAAGGCAAUUUAUGGCGAUGUAUGUUCGAAAUAUUUAGUGACAAAAUACCCGCAUUUCUCUCUCCUUGCUAUCUACAUUAAAUAAAGUACACCAGACAAUAGGAAUAUGGAAUUUACAACGGAACGCUAACGAAAUUUUGCUAACGGGAGUAGGGGUAUGUGACGAUCGUCUGUAAUAUUUCUGAAUGAAAAUGCAUAAAUUAAUAAAAAUCAAAUUUUAAGGGUAUUCCUGUAUCUUGAAAUUCUCUCCUUUUUUUAUCAGUGGUACCAUAAAUUAAGCCCUUCCAAGAGCAUAAUGGCUCUUGCCCUUCUUGUUUUGUUAAUUUUUUUUUUAAUCCAGUACCUUCCAUUCAUUGCUGUUAUAACAUGUCGAUCACAGAAUGACAAUCUGCUUGUUAAAUCGGUUCAUACCACUCAAUACGGCAUUCGUUCUCACCGUUACACUGGUACCAACCUUUGGAAUUAUUUAUCCAUUGAUGUUAAGAAAACCAGACCGUUUUCCAAUUUUCGUCAAAAUAUCACGAAUUCUAUGAUUGAUGGUUAUAAUACUGUUAUUAAUUCCGGAAGUUUUAUUAUUAUAUUAUCUUUAACUACUAUUUAAUUAAUGAGGUAAUACUUACUUUUUAUCUAAAAGAACCAUUUUGCUGCUAUAUUCCUUUUACUCUUAUUCUUGUUUCGGGUCACCUACUUGGUUAGUUUUACGAGCUAUUUCGCUGUCCCAAACCUUGCACAAUAAACCUAAAAUUGAAAAUUUUCUUUUCCUUCACAAUCUUUUAUUUUUAUUUUCUAAGCACUGAUUUGUAUUAAUUAGUAUUCUGUGUGAAUUUAAAUAAAAUUGACUUGACUUGACUUGAAAAAAAAUCGAACCUUGAAUACUCGAUUGAAGUGUAUUAUCAUCAUUAUUUUUGAAAAAAAGAUUUUCUGUUUGUUCAGAAAUCUUCAAAAUCAAUCAUCAGGAAGUGACUGAUGAUUCUCAGACAAAUGGUAUGCACAUCCUUCUUGUGCCUGCUGUCGUAUACUCACCGAUUAUCACUGAAAAUUAUGGUAUAUUUACUGAAUUUGAUACAUUAAAAGACCGACAGUAAUAAUGAGUAGGAAAAAGCAUCUUGACAUUGACGUUACCCUUCUAUUUGUCACGCGUUUAUAAAAGAUACUCCAAAGGGGCAUAACUUAUUUACCAUUAUCAUUUUAUAAAAUAACUAAGAUAGUACGCGCGCUCUGAUUGGCUGAAAGGAGUGUUUGCGUGAGAGUAUGUAAACAUGGUUGUGACGUAAGAUGUUUUGCUUUUCGCGCGCUAAUCACGCAAGCACGAAUUUGAAAAAGUUUUAGUGAUCAAAACUCGACAAGUUCACUUUAUUUACCCAUUUCUUCGUCGGCUGAGAUUUGAAAAAUCUUUACAAACAAGCUGUCACCUUUUUUUCGCUUAAGCUGCCAUUUUAAGCGAAAAAAAUCCGUAUUUUGGAAAGCAUCUUUUUGCAAAACAAAAACUGAUUACACGUGCAAGACUUCGUGUACAGUACUUUGCGACUGGUAAGAAUUUCUCUUUUAAUCAUUGCCAUAAGAAAGAGUUGUGCGUUUUUUUUUAUUUAUAAAAGCAAUAGAAAACUUUUUUCCGGUGUUUGCAUAGCCUGAUAUAAACACUCGAGGGUUUGGGAGAAUUCUCGAUAGUUAUGCAAACCCUCGACUUCGUCUCGGGUUUACAUAACUGUCUCGAAUUCUCCCAACCCCUCUCGUGUUUAUAUCAGGCUAUGCAAACACGGAAAAGUAUUCUAUUGCUUAAAUCGCAUAUGGAAGACCAUUGUAAUUUUCAAAUUUAACUCUAACUUCUCCCUUUACACUCACAGAAACAUCCAACAAUCAGACGCUCGGUGGAGCCCUGGCAGAAGCUAUAAGUGUUCAUGGUAUGCUAAAAAUUAAGAACUUAGUUAAGCCAGUUUAAGAAAAUUCUAGUGCCAUUAGCUAACAAAAAGACUAACAACCGGUCUGCUACAUAUAUUAAGCUACAUAUAUUACAGUCUAGAUCCGACUGGACAAAAUUGAAAAAGAAAAACUUGUUUGUAAUAUAAUUUCUUAAGUAUUUCCCUGCUUGAUAAAUGGUCAAUUGCAAAUGUUUAAUAAGGCUUGCAACAUUAGGAAGUUAGGCAAACAGUUUUUGUGGAAAACUCAAGACAGAGCCUCAAAGAACAAAACUGGGAAUUAUUUUAAUUCAAAGGCGCCAUGUUUUGGUUUCUUUUUAUUGAAAAAUUUUUGGCACGCUAUUUCCCCGUGCCUCUUUUUGCGGUCCCCUGGAGUAGGAAAGGAAGGUACGAACGUUGACCAUGGAACUGAGAUUGGCCUCAACUGUACUUUGUAAUUCGUGUAGUACAACUAACUACUUGCAAUACGUUGAUAUAUAAUAGAGGGUUUAAGGACAGGUAAAAUAAACAAGUUCCUCCAUGGCAAAGGAUUGGUGUGAAUUAAUCGGACUACUCAAUAUAUUUUUUUUCAGCAAACAGCUCGGCAAGGAAUGAAACUGAAGCUAAUCAAACACAACCAUUUGCGAACAAUUCAACAGGUUAGACCUAACAAGUUUACGUUUCCUAAAGAUGUCGUUAAAGUUUAUUCCAAGAUUGACAAUAAUUUAAGUUUUUGGUGGCAAACUACCAACUACUCUUAGUUUUGGAAUCUUUACACGGUCCUGUCUCUUUACAGAACUUUAGUGGCCCGCGUAGCUUACAUUGCCGUCUUUCAUGGCACCCUAUAGCCACUGAGUAAAAAAAAAUUGCCCUUUUGUUUUCAAGCUUAUUUCAAACAAUUGUUCACCUUUUUUGCCGUAUUCAAGAUGGAAGAAGUGUUUGCCUGUUACGCUAUCUACUGUACUUUAAUAAAAACUCACAAUUAGAUUGCUAUGUGAACUGUUGCAGAGGAAUGGGCCUUUUGGAGUAGUUAGUCACGUGAUAAACUUUCCGUAAACUCGAAAACAAUUUCUUUUGGAAAAAUAAUUUUAUCAGGAAGUGAAAAAGCAUGUAAAAAUUGCUUUCCAUUAAAUUUUCAACCGUAUACCCCAAAGUAGUGAUUGCAACGGCCGCCGAAAAUUAGAAGGGCUUGUGUAAGAGAAACAACUCUAUGCACCCAGUCACGGGUUAAGUGGUUUUUCAUAGAAAUCUGGCUUGUAAAUUUUGAAAACUUUAAACUGUCGUUAAAUCAUUCCCUUACAUCACGGGGCUUAAAUUGUCUGUUAUAAUCAAAUGAAAAUUUGAGCCUCGUAAUGCUUAAGGAAAGUUUUCAUUUUUAAAGAUAUUUAGCGAGACCCUUGAAGCGUCACUGUCUGUUUUUAGUGUCCAAUGACCUUUCAUCAAAUUUAAACGAACAAGGGAAGAUAUCGCUUAUGAAGAUAAAACCUAUUAUAAACCAAGGUAUGUGAAACAAAUUCUAUUAUUUAUGCUUUUUACAAUGUGAUUUUUUUAAAAAUAUUUUGGUCAGCAUACCUUAAAUAGUAUUAGUUGCAUAUCUCGUAACCCAUCUUUGUGAGCAAUACGAAGACGGCACAAUUUACGAAUACGUGAAAAACCUAGGACCAUAGACAUCUGAAACAUAAAAAUUCAACUUUGUACAAGUCAUUUUCCACCUUAAAGAAUUUUGUAUCCUGGGUACCACAGGAUUUUUUUCUCUCGUGCGACUAAAAGGUUCGCUGUCGACUGCAGGCUGAAACCACGUAUCAUGAAAAAUCUCUGGCACCCUGGCACCCAGGGUAACAAUUGUGUGGCAUUCAUUAUACAUUAAUUCUCAACUAACUGUUUUAUUGGCUGACUGCAGGAUCGUGCCCGAUGUUCGAGACCCUAAGCUGUCUCAACCUGCUUUAUUCCUAUCCUUGCAAUAAUGAUGACGAUUGCUUUGAGAGUGGAAUGACAUGUUGCCAGACCAAAUGCAUUUAUGGCAAGAGGAUGUGCGUCCCUCGAGGUAGGAUUAGCGUAGAAGUUUUCAACAUUACAAAAAUCAAAAUAUGUAUAACCCAGGAAUCAAUUCAUUGGUUUCUUUAUUUUUAUUAUUUGUUUUUUCUUUGUUCCAUUCGUUAAUUCUUUUGACAUGCAGCUUCAUGAUUACUCCUUCUUAGCUUUACGGUGGACAAUCCAAGUUAUCAAAGCCGAAGUUUUUUGUUUUUAUUCUCAAAUAUCAGGAGCGCUGUGUCUUAAGAAGGCAAUUCCUUUUCUCAUGCUUACACUCUGUUUACAAGCAAACAUUACGGCUGCUGAAGUAGGAUAUUAUUCCUAUAUUAAGAUUUACCUCAACAGAGUGCCCACUCCAGAUCAAAGGCAGCAUAUACAUGUGUUGCUUUCACAGUGAUAUGGGCAUCCCCAUUCCCAAUGAUCGAUAACCCUAAUGAUAUAUGCAUCCCCUGUAAAUUUAACCCUAACCGCAACCCAAGUCGCUAACGUAAUAUGAGAAGGGAUGCCCAUAUCAGCAGGGUUUUGGGAAUGGGUAUCCCAAAUCGCCGGACGCUAAGGUAAUAUGAAAAGGAGAUGCCCAUAUCAAUAGGGUUUUGGGAAUGGGGAUGCCCAAGACGCGGUGAUGCCAAUAUUAAUGUGACAGCGACACUUUAUAAACGACAACGAAACUGGGGCGAGUUAGCUUUUGCAAAGACUUGUGGAAUCGUUACCAGGGGCGCGCUAUUCAGCUAUUGGCCAAUUUCUUAUCUCUGUCCUCAGUAACAGUCCCAGAUGUCUUUGCGAAAGUUAACUUGCCGCAGUUUCCUUCUGGUUUCUAAAAUGGUGAUUGGGAGGCUACUUGCAGAGUUCUAAAGCAAAAACCACACAUUUUUACUUCAGUUUUCCAUUAUCGGACGACCUAGUAACUCUUUCUUUUCCCCUGUUUUCGAUUCUGUUCUCCACGUUGAUUUCUUGACUUUUAUUUCAUUUCAAUAUAGUAUCAGCAGUCUGCCCUUUGAGGACUCCAUAUUACACGGCUUUCAAGCCAUGCAAAGACUCAGGAGACUGUGGAACAGGAGGAGUAUGCUGCUUAGACAUGGCAGGAAGACAUUACUGCCAUCAGCUUAGCUCCGUUGAGUAGACUAGAUCGUAGAUGAAAAUUAGAAAAUUCUUUCCGUUACUAGCUUUAUCUAUGGACGCCUUAUUCCUUGAAUAUUGAUCUCUAAUCGGUCUGUUAUUCACACGCAUCCAAACUGAAUAAGCAAAACGUUACUCUGUCUAGUAGUCAAACUUCCAACUUUUAUUGAUGCUUGCUAUCACGAUCUACGUAAUUUGAUGUGGGACGAAAGAGUGACUUUUAACAAAAAUUGUACUCUAGUCUUGAAUUGUUGAAUCCUUUAAUUUUGAUAAGAAAAAGUAGCAUAUUUUUAUACGGUAAAGCAUAGCACCCUUUGGUAGAUUAGAAUAUAUAUUCUACUCAUUACUUGUUCACAAGCGAAUUUUGGCAAGUGCUUACAAAUCUGAAAUUUUCAUUUGCUUUUUGGGCCCUAAGUCUAAUAUAAGGAAGUAAUAGAGAAAAUUAAAUUUU